AUGGUUUCUCAUGUGUGUGUUUUCUUUCUCUCCUCCUCUCCCCUCCUCCUCCUCCCGCCGCCUCCUCUCCUCCUCCCCAAACACACACGUACACACACUCACACACGCUUCCCCUCUCCCUCCCCCUCCUCAAGGCCGAAAAGGCAAGCCAAACCUGCAGCCGACGAAGGCUUUUGGGAUUGUAGCGUGUGCACCUUCAGGAACAGCGCCGAAGCCUUCAAAUGCAGCAUCUGCGAUGUCAGGAAAGGCACCUCCACAAGAAAACCUAGAAUAAACUCUCAGUUGGUGGCACAACAAGUUGCCCAGCAAUAUGCAACCCCACCACCGCCUAAAAAGGAGAAGAAGGAGAAAGUGGAAAAACAAGACAAAGAAAAACCUGACAAAGAGAAGGAAAUUAGUCCAAGUGUUACAAAGAAGAACGCUAACAAGAAGACUAAACCAAAGUCAGAUAUUGUGAAAGAUCCUCCUAGUGAAGCGAACAGUAUACAGUCUGGGAAUACUACAACAAAGACCAGCGACUCAAAUCACACUUCAAGACCCAGACUGAAAAAUGUGGACAGAAGUACUGCACAGCAGCUGGCAGUCACAGUGGGAAAUGUCACAGUAAUCAUCACAGACUUUAAAGAAAAGACUCGCUCCUCUUCCACGUCGUCUUCUACAGUGACCUCCAGUGCAGGAUCAGAACAACAGAAUCAGAGCAGCUCGGGCUCUGAGAGCACAGACAAGGGCUCGUCCCGUUCCUCCACGCCGAAGGGGGACAUGUCGGCAGUCAACGAUGAAUCUUUCUGAAAAUUGCACAUGGAGUUGUGGAAACUAUGAAUCAGGGUAUGAAAUUCAAACACUCCAACUGCCCAUGCUGUUCAAAUCCUGGAGAGCCUCUUCUGUGCUUGAACACACACUUUCUCGGACAUCGACCUCUUACUGAUGCAACCAGGAUAAUUUCUGCUUGCCGUGGGCAUUUGGCCACCAAGGAAUUUCUCACCCUAACGAUUACUCUUGACACUUUUAUGUAUUCCAUUGUUUUAUAUGAUUUUCCUAACAAUCAUUUAUAAUUGGAUGUGCUCCUGAAUCUACUUUUUUAUAAUAUCUGCUGUGCACAAUUUUCCAUGAACAUUACAACUUUUUGUUUUGGGGUAGGGAGCGGGUGGGGAGGGAAGGGGGCUUUAUUUAUUGCAUUCACAAACUCCAUCCUCUUUCAACAUAUCCUUUUUAAGUUCAGUUCUUCUUCCAGUUAUACUGUGUACUAUCAGUUUUGAUAUAAAUUAUAUAUAAAUAUAUAUAUAAAUAAAUAUAUAUAAAGGGUUAUUUGAAACCAAUACAUGGAAACGCUGGUGCUUGAAACACUGUGAAGUGAAAAAAAAAAAAAAAAAAUCGAACAGUUCAAGAUCUGGGACAGUCCCCUUCUGUGAAAGUACUGAAACUGAAAUGGAACUGGUCUUAGGUGAAAAGUGUUCCUGAAGGUUCGAACCUGGAUGGGACCCGUUCUCUCUAUCGUUCCUUCCCCGUUUCUUCCCUAAGCAAUGGCUAAAACGUACUGGACACACGGUUUUGAUUUUUAUAGCUUGGGAUCUGAAAUGAGAAAAGAUUGCUCCAGGUAGCUUGUAUUUCCAGUAGGGUAACUCAGAUCGGUGACAUGCAAGUUCGUGCCCAGCUGGAGCGUAAGCCUUCACAACCAGACUGGUGUUGGCAUGCCACGGAUUCGUGUAUUUUGGUAACAUGAGCAUCGCUAUGUCGUGCAUAGCCAAUCCCACAGACGUUUGGUGUUCUAGAUUUAAUGAGUUUCAUCCACCUGCACCGGUGACCGAGGUACCUUUAGAACUGGAGUGGUUUGCUUUGGGUUGGAAGGCAGCAGGGAGCCGUAGGGCUGGGAGCGAUCGCGGGUUGAGGGAAUAAGCCGGUGCUUGUUCCAGCCGGCGGCACGUGGGUCGGUCGUCAGCCCCCUUCUGUCUGUCCCGUCCGUGCUGUUGGGGUGGCUCUUCUCCUUGAAGUCCAUCCGUAGCCCAGGAGUGGUUUCCGAACAGCACUUUGUCCAGUGAUAACGUUGGGCUUGUCAGCGUUUGGACGCUUCUGGGUCUCCUGCUGUGGGAGCAAAAGUAGGGAAAAGCUUUCCUGCUGGCAACUGAGCAACGCGCGUGGCUCAUGCUCAUGACCAGCAUCUCCUUCGUUCUUGCUCUAAAGCUAUUCAGACUGUAAUUUCUUUUCCUGGCCUGUUAGUGUUACUUUACAGUUUACCUUCCAUGCAUUAUCCUGCUAAAACACUAGGCUGAAGAGGUAAAACAAAACUUUUUUUUAAAAAAAAACCAAACAAACAAAACCCAAACCUCUUCGGCUUUUCAUCUUUAUUUAGUGGCCCCAAGGUGCUUUGCAGUAAUUUCGGGCGCAGAGGCUGUGGCUUCAUUUGACAUCAAAUGCAUAACUUUUGGGCAUGAUGAAAGAGGGCCACAUUUUGACAACUUUGUGCCAGCUUGUUAUAUUGUGAAUUAUUUGCUUAGCAAGAGUAACUUCUCUUUGUGGAGGCAACUGAUUUAAGAUUUCUUUUAAAAUCUGUGUGGUUUUGAGUAGCAGACGUAGGUUCCUUUCACACUGGUGACAGAAAUGUGUAAGGGAUCCAUUGCAACCCCUGCUCGAAGGUACGUGCAGUGGCAGUGCCUUUGCAGCAGUGGUUUUAUUCCGAAUACGUUAACGUGGGCACCCCAACUUAAUUCUGCUUAUAUUCACAGUAUAGGCUGUAUUUACCUUUUUAAGCAUUUUUAAAGUAUUUAUUAAAGAACCAAAGGAAACCAGAUGCUUCCUAUGAGCAUCAAGACAAUUUAUUAUACAUAGUUUUAAAUACUAUGAAUUUCUCAAUCCACAUUUUAACAUUAGUGGGAUAUUGCAAAGACAUUCCUUUUUCCAGUUUUUACUAUUCCUUUAAGGGUCUCAGGGAGGGUAAACUGGUCAGCCAUAUUUAUUUAUUUUACUGAAAUGUAUUGGAAUAAUUUUUUAAGAGAGAUUUUUUGAAGAUGCCCCUGAACUUGUAUAUUUUGCACUGCUUUAUAAAUGAUCCAUUAUCAAUUAGGCUUGCGUGCAUCUCGGCCGUGAUCCAGCGAAGAAUGUGAGCGAGGUGCGAGUCCCUCUGGCUUCAGUGGGGCUAAUUCUGGUGCUUCAAGUCAA